CGAAAUGACGCAUAUAUACGAUACGUUGCUCCUGUCACAUCUUCCGAUAGGUGUUGUCCUUUUGGCCUCACAAUUCACGCACCGACCUUUGCUGGAGCUUGUCAGACCGGGCGAACAUGCAACGGACCAAGGCCGGUGGUACCCAGAGCAGGCCCUUUUCAUUAAAGGUUGACGUUCCCAACGGCUUCUCUGAGUCCCCAGGCGCUUCACCUACGCACGACAGGCCGAGAAGAAAGGUGUCAAAAACGCUAACAUGGGACGACAUACCACCAUGGCAGAGAGAUAACGAGCACAUCUUGACAGGGUAUCGCCAUGUGCAGAACAGUUGGAGAGGUUGUAUCGGGUCUGUGUUUGGAUAUCUACACAAUGAGACUAUCAACAUCCACUCCCAUCUGCUCGGGGCCGCCCUUUUCUUGCUUAUCCUAUGUUCUUUUCAAACGAUUUGGGUGGCCGGCUAUGCAUCCGCGUCAUGGGUCGACACAUCCCUCCUCGCUACCUUCCUUCUCUCCGCUAUCUUCUGUCUGUCGGGUAGCGCAACCUUUCACGCUGCGAUUGGUCACUCCGAGCAGGUUUUCCGCCAAUGUCACGCUUUAGACUACUCCGGUAUUGUCGUCCUCAUUGUUGGAUCCUUUAUACCCUGCCUCUACUAUGGAUUCUACUGCGAGCCACUGGCCCAGACAUUCCAUUUGGGGUUGAUAUUCAGCGCUGGGGCUGGCGCAGCAUACACCGUCCUCAACCCUGAGUAUGCUAAGCCCUCACACCGCGGUGCACGUACAGGGGUCUUCAUCGGAUUGGGGCUCACCGCCAUUGUGCCCGUAACACAGCUUGUGUUUACUCGCGGCUCCGUUAUGUUCUCGGAGAUGGGGUUCGGAUGGCUGCUCCUCUCGGGGGCACUCUACAUAUUCGGGGCGCUCAUAUACGCAAACCGCAUUCCAGAGCGCCUUUCCCCUGGGCAGUUUGACUACUUCUUUGCCUCUCAUCAGAUCUUCCACGUUUGCGUCGUCCUUGCUGCAUUAGCCCACUGGGUGUGUCUUAUAUCGUCGUUUCAACACUGGCACUCGAAACCAGAUGCAUGCCUGGUGUAGGAUUGACGGGAAUGGCGCGCAGCUUUGUGUUUGUGCCUCAUACCAGAAAUAAAUCGAUUGUAGACUUUCCAGGUAUUUGUGCAGCUCUGACGAGCCUUGUGAAGUACAUUUAGGUGAAGAUGUGCCGCGAGGAGCCCUCACGUUUACACUCUUCGCACAUAGAUUAGACUCCCUGGCCAUCGGCGCGCACCAGCGUCGAAGGUGGCUCUUUGUUUUCAGUUCCCUAUAUCACGUUCUCCACUUCCUUGCAACGGUCUUUUACCACUACGCUACAUUCAUGUAUUGUCUACCAUAUGGCACCGCCCGCGAGGACAAGAAACUAAGAUACUUACUACUACUAACACUUUAGCUAAAGCGGCGCAAAUGAUACACU